AUGGAGAACUUCCACACUACUUUCAAUACCAACACCACUUCAGCAAACGAAGCAUUGAAGAGUCUGGGUUCUCUCUUCAAGACUGAGAAAACGAAACUCCAAGAGAUUCGUAUUGGUCUUAAGACUGACAAUGAAUCCUUCCAAGCUGCUAUCUCAUCUCAACUCUCUCAACUUAAAGACGAACUGGUGAAGGAGAGUACUCUGAAAGACUCUCUCGCUCUCAAGUCAGAAGAAGCCAAGGUCUUAAGUACCAAAAGCAGGUCCAUGAUCUGUUAUCUGAGAGGGCAGUCACGCGCAGUUGUAUAA